CACAGGGACAGUGGCAGUCACUCGAAUAACCCCGAGAUUAAAGCCUAAGGGAUCAAAGACUAAGAAGGCAUAGUUGAAAACCGAAGAGCUCACAAUGGAGCCUGAAGCGGGGACAACGCGACGACAAAGGCAAGUUCUUCUUCUCCUUGUUUUUCUGUGGGUGUCAGAGGCUGGUUCAGGUCCCCGGCGGUAUUCGGUGGUUGAGGAAAUGGAGAGCGGUUCCUUUGUAGCCAAUGUGGCAAAUGACUGGGGUAUGGAAGUAAGGGAGCUUUCAGCCAGGGUGGGGCGGAUCGUCCUGGACAACAAUAAAGAGUACUUGCAGCUUAACCGGGAGACUGGGGAUCUGCUCCUGAAAGAAAAACUGGACCGAGAGGAGCUAUGCGGCCCCACCGAGCCCUGUGUGCUGUCUUUUCAGAUCUUACUGGAAAAUCCCUUGCAGUUUCUCCAGUUUGAGCUGCAAGUGCAAGAUAUAAAUGAUCAUUCACCCAUGUUUCUGGACACUGAGAUGCUCCUGAAAAUAUUAGAAAGUACAACGCCGGGAACUUCCUUUCUAUUAGAAACUGCACAGGAUUUAGACGUAGGAAGGAAUGGACUCCAAGAUUAUACCGUUAGCCGCAACUCCCAUUUCCACAUUAAAAUCCGAGAGAGCGGGGAGGGCAGGAAAUAUCCGGAGCUUGUACUGGAUAAAGCACUGGAUCGCGAGGAGGACCCUGAGGUCAUUUUAAUCCUCACAGCAUUGGAUGGGGGAUCUCCACCCAGGUCUGGGACUGCUCUGGUCCGAGUCUUGGUUAUGGACAUCAAUGACAAUGCCCCUGUGUUUACUCAGCCUCGAUAUGAGGUUAGGAUCCCCGAGAAUAGCCCCAUCGGUUCCCUGGUUGUCACAGUCUCUGCUGCAGAUUUAGACACAGGAAAUAAUGGAGAAAUAACAUAUACACUCUUCCACUCAUCAGAAAGUAUACGCAAAACUUUUCAAAUCAAUCCCACCACUGGGGACCUUCGUCUGGGGGCACAUCUAGAUUAUGAGACAAUUCAGAAUUAUACAGUAAGAAUUCAAGCCACUGAUGGAGGGGGCCUUUCAGAGAAAUGUACUGUUUUUGUCCAGGUGACCGAUCUGAACGACAAUCCCCCGGAACUGACCAUGUCGUCAUUAACCAGUCCCAUUCCUGAGAAUUCACCUGACUCUGUUGUGGCUAUUUUCAAGAUCCGAGAUCCAGACUCCGGGGAUAAUGGCAAGAUGCUUUGUUUCAUUCAGGAUCAUCUUCCUUUUGUCUUAAAACCGUCCGUCAAAAAUUUCUAUACUCUCUUAACAGAGGGAGCUCUGGACAGAGAGAACAGGUCCGAAUACAACAUCACCAUUACCGUCACGGAUUUAGGCUCCCCCAGGCUCAAAACCGAGUACAAUAUCACAGUAAUCAUCUCUGAUAUCAAUGACAAUCCCCCAGCAUUUAGUCAGACAACUUAUACAGUAUACCUCAGGGAGAACAACAGCCCCGUCCUCCACAUUGGCACUGUCAGUGCCAGUGACAGGGAUUCAGGAAUUAAUGCCAAAAUCACCUACUCCCUACUGCAUCCAGAGACUGGAGACCUGCCCCUCUUCUCCUAUAUCUCCAUCAACUCAGACAAUGGACAUCUCUAUGCCUUGAGAUCUCUGGAUUAUGAAGCCAUCCAAGCUUUCCAGUUCACUGUGAGGGCAACUGAUGGAGGCUCCCCAGCCCUCAGCAGCCAGGCUCUGGUUCAGGUUGUGGUACUUGAUGAGAAUGACAACUCUCCCUUUGUGCUGUACCCAUUUCAAAAUGGCACAGCCCCCUGCAAUGACCUGGUACCCAGAGCAGCAGAGCCAGGUUACCUGGUGACCAAGGUGGUUGCUGUGGAUGGAGAUUCAGGGCAGAAUUCCUGGCUUUCCUACCAACUGCUGAAGGCCACAGAGCCAGGUCUCUUCAGUGUGUGGGCCUACAAUGGGGAAGUUCGCACAGCAAGGCCCAUCAGUGACAGAGAUGCCAUCAAACAGAGGCUUCUCGUGCUAGUGAAGGACAAUGGGCAACCACCUCUAUCCACAGCAGCCACACUGAAUGUGCUUCUGGUGGAUGGCUUCUCUGAGCCAUAUGUGAAGCUUCCAGAUGAGCCCAAAGAUGAGCCACAGACUGAUUCUCUCACAAUCUACUUGGUCAUUUCUUUAGCUUCAGUCUCCUUUCUCUUUUUAGUCUCUGUCAUACUCUUCAUCACUGUAUGCCUGUGGAGGAGAAAAAGGGGGAUUGUGGAGCGAGGAAACUUUUCCACUGGAGGCUCCUUUCCAGGACACUUUGUGAAUGUCAGUGGCACUGGGACCCUGUCCCAAAGCUACCAAUAUGAGGUCUGUCUGACCAGUGACUCAGGGGGAGAUGAGUUCAAGUUCUUGAAGCCCAUUAUUCCCAAUCUCUCUGCUUCAAUUAUUCAGAAGGAUCCAGAAGAAAUAACACCCUUUCCUAAUAGCAUUGGUUUCAGUUAGAAAUUGAAAAAGAAUGUUUCUAAGCAUUGAUCAUUUUCAUUGAUUUUUCAAUAUCCUUCAUGUCAGAGAAGAAUUGAAUUGACGCAUUUCCCUUCUACACAUUCUAUUCUGUAGAAUAAUGAUAUGAUUAAUUACCUGAGUUUUUAACUAUUUUAUGCAUGCCUCUCCCUCAUCCCCCUCCCUUGUUUUUGUAAUGGAAUAUGACCCUUUAUAUGGGAGCUCAAAAGGGCACUCAGCAAUUGAAACUUGACAUCUGCAUUCUUCUAGCUUCUCUGUAUAGUCCCCCUUAGCUAUGAAGAACUGAGCCCCUUUAGCUCCUCUGCUCUGUAUUAUCUACUGUAUUCUCUAUCUUCCACAACACCAUGAUUUCUAGCCUUUCUAAUU